UGCGUACGUGCACGUGUGUGUGUGUGUGUGUGCGCGUGUGCAGCGCAGCGUUGAGAGCGCAUAUCGAGAUACAGUAGUAAGCCCGAGUGAGGUGGCAGUGUUAUAUCCCAGUGACACCGGCUUGUGUGUCUGUGUCUGUUGUUUCGCCGCGCGCCCUCGAGGAGCCACAGAGAAUAAGAAGAGGAGUCGGUACCUGGCAUCGGAAAGUGGCCGUGGACAAAUCGGGAUCUAGUUUCUUUCCCUUUUUGUCGUUGCUGUUUUUUAAAAAGAAGAAGAAAAAAGAGGAGGCUACAAGCGAGCUCGGACGACUGGCCGUGAAAAGGCGCCUGCAACUAAGUUGCCGCUGCGCCCGUCGGGACCUCUCACGCGUGGAAUAGCAACAAAGGACGGGAGCGCGCAUUCAUGGGACGCGACUUUGACAGCUCUCCGUUUCUCCUCUUGUAACUUUGAUACCUGGCGGCGGGGGGACGGAGGGAGGGAGGGAGGGGGGCAACGAUUGCGACUUGAGCGGGACACAAUGGCCGAGGCGCAGCUGGCCGACCCCAUCCCGGACCUGGACGUGGCCAUCGACCCGGACUUCGAGCCCCAGAAGCGGCCCCGGUCGUGCACCUGGCCGCUGCCGCGGCCGGACUCGAACGCGGAGAAGCCGGAGGGCAACGACGCCGACAUCAUACCCGAGGAGGAGGACGACGAGGAGGACCGGGCCACGCCGACGGCCAUCGGCGGGGCGGCGGAGGACCAGAGCAGCAGCAGCCCCGCCGCCGACGGGUCGCUCUCCUCGCCCGGCCACGAGAGCGGCGGCUCCCCGCUCUCCACGCACUCGCCGUCGGCCGCGUCCGGCGCGCUGACCCCCGGCGGCCUGGCCGCCCAGCAGACGCCGAGGAAGGCGUCGUCUCGCCGCAACGCGUGGGGGAAUCUCUCCUACGCCGACCUGAUCACCAAAGCCAUCGAGAGCACACCGGACAAGCGACUGACACUGUCCCAGAUCUACGACUGGAUGGUGAGGUCCAUCCCCUACUUCAAGGACAAAGGCGACAGCAACAGCUCCGCGGGAUGGAAGAACUCCAUCCGACACAACCUAUCCCUCCACAGCCGCUUCAUACGCGUCCAGAAUGAAGGAACAGGGAAAAGUUCCUGGUGGAUGAUCAACCCUGAGGGUGGGAAGGGUGGCAAGGCUCCUCGCCGCCGCGCCGUCUCCAUGGACAACAGCAACAAGUACACCAAGUCCGCCCGUGGCCGUGCUGCCAAGAAAAAGGCCGCCCUGCAAGCUGCAGCCGCUGCAGGUGGUGAAGGCAGUGGGGACAGUCCUUCAGGUCUCUCUAAGUGGCCCGGAAGCCCGACGUCACGCAGCAGUGAGGACCUUGAUGCCUGGACAGACUUCCGCUCCCGCACUAACUCCAAUGCCAGCACUCUGAGCGGUCGUCUCUCACCAAUUCUGGCCAACCCAGAGUUAGAUGAGGUGCCUGAUGAUGAGCCCCCUCUCUCGCCUAUGUUCUACUCCAGUCCUGGCAGAGCACUGUCUCCAGGCAACACCACAACCAAUGGGAAAGCCGUGCCGGCUGAGCUUCCCCGCCUGGCAGACCUGGCAGGUACGAUGAACCUGAAUGAUGGACUCACGGAUGGACUCACGGAUGACCUGAUGGAUGAGUUGCUGGACAACAUCAACCUGGUGCCAACCACUUCCAGCCAGACCUCUCCAAACGGUUCCCCAGGGUUCAGUUUUGGGUCCAAACCUAGCGGGCUAGUCUCACCUUCCUCCACCUCCUCUCCAUCCUCCAACACUUCUUCUAACGCUGUAGGGAAUGGCUACAGUAACUCCAUCUUUGGCCCCCACACAACAAGUUCCUCUCUGCGUCCGUCCCCCAUGCAGACCAUCCAGGAGAACAAGCAGACCUCCUUCUCCAGCAUCAGCAUGUCUCGCUUUGGCAACCAGACAUUACAAGACCUGCUCAACUCUGACAGUCUCAGCCACAGUGAUGUCAUGAUGACCCAGUCUGACCCACUGAUGUCACAGGCCAGCGCGGCUGCCGUCAUCUCACAGAACUCCCGCCGCGGCCUAAUGCUCCGCAGUGAUCCUGUAAUGACAUUUGGGACCACUGGAGGAAUUCAGGGCAGCCAAGGUGAGAUGCUGCAGAGUAACAACCAUAACCAAAGCUCCCUGAGAUCCUUAAACGGAGGCCUGAACCUAGCCAAUGAGGCUAACACUCUGGCUAAUGCUAAGCAGCAGCUCUUGCUCUCACCCUUGGGAGGAAAUGGGUCUUCCUCUAUGCAGAUCGACACCUCGAUCUUCCUGAAUGGAACAGUCGGCAGCAGUGGGGGCAUCUGUCCGGACCGUUUCCCCACAGAUCUGGACUUGGACAUGUUCAGUGGCAGCCUGGAGUGUGACAUGGACUCCAUCAUCAGGAAUGAGCUGAUGGACGCAGACGGUCUGGACUUUAACUUUGACUCUCUGGCCAACAUGAACGGAGUCGGCAACUUCACCAAGCAGACCUCUCAGAGCUGGGUACCUGGCUGAGAACAUCGGGCUGGGAAGGAGCAGAGCAGGUCUGAACUAUGUAGUGCAAGAGAAGAUCAGACAUAAACAUCCUUUUUGCCAAACCUGCCAUCAGCACAACGUAAAAUACAAACCCUAUGUUUACAGAAGAAGACUUCCUCUCGAGAGCUGUACCUUUGCGCCCACACUGGUGAACCGUGAGCUCUCCGACAGACUCUAGAGGUGCUGCACAUAAGCCCCGAAAGCCUCCUGUGAAACAACCACGACAAAAGGAAAGAAAGCUACGUCAAACAAUCACAACAAAGUCACAAACCUUAGAGUUAUGCAAUUUUUCCUUUGACACCCAGUCUGUCGAUAUCAAAGAGACUCUGCUUAUCAGAAGGGGUUUCAGGUGGAAUACAAGGACUAAAUAUCAAGCAAAGAGGGAAGGAGUGCACAGUGCAGUUGUUCCUGUCGAAGACAAAAAAAGAUAUGUGUAAAGUGGAGAAAAAAUAUCAAGAAGUGAUGUGGUGUAAAUCUGAUCCCGGGGUAUCCUGGGAUGUGUUAUGUCGACAAAAAAAAUCCCUCUGUUUUCACUUAGUGAUUUUAAAUGUUCAGUGUUUGUUUUUGGGAUUUUUCUGUUUUAUCAUAACUGUUUCUGCAUCAAACAUCUGUCUGUACCAAAAGAACCGGUGUAUUGAUAAACUGAAAAGAUGGAAAUGGAGUAUGUUACUCACUGAGCAGCCACGCAUCCAAUACAUGUAGACGUACACAGACAAGGCCCAGUGUGCAAGACCCCAGAACCGUAGUCGUUAAAAUGACUUGACAUGACGCCAUGCACGACUUGUUUAGUUCUUUCAAAUUGCUUGAAUUUAACUUAAACUAUAAGCAUACUGAGGGUUAGAUCACAAUUAGCUCAAUACUACAAAAUUAAUUUGUUAUCUUUUUGCGUAUAUCUAAAUGUAAAAAUAAAAUGAAAAAAGACUAUAGGAAGAAAACCUCAUGGAUAUUUGUAAAGCGCAGGGCAGUGGGAAGUUCAAGAACGAGGGGGGGUGGGGGGUAUGGUCAGUCUUUCCUUAGUGUUCUUAACUUCUGGUGAGGUAGUUUAUCACAGCAUAUGAUGUAGCCAAAAUGAAUACCUGUCUCCGAGUGUUGUGAACAUUUCCACACCAUAACAGGUGCUAUGUAAACAGUGUUGAAUCCUGUCCUAAGAGCAAGCCGUGCAUUUUUUUUUGUUUUUCAUCUGUUGUUCUGUUUAUACCCACGACCUGCAGAAGCCCAAAGCUGCAGCCACUUGUAGCACGGCACGGUUGAACUAGUAGACGGCGGGGAGAGCGGGGUUUUAGGCUCAUUCCUCCGGAAGCCAUUUGUUUCUCGAGUAAAACAAUAAGCUAACUCUGUAUAUUGCCAAAUUACUUGAAACAAACAGUAGGAUAUGCUGGCAGCCAAAUCACAGCACGCACACACGCGCACACACACACACACACACACACACACAACACAACACAUUACACAAAUAGAUAGAAAACAAUAAUACCAGGGAUCUGUGUUAAGCUCUGCUGUUUUCUUGAAAUGAGCUUGUGGGGCUUGUUAUGCAUAUAUAUAGAAUCACUCAGGGGGGGAAAGGGAGGCUUCCCAUUUAAGUAACAUCAAGUCACAUUCUAAUGGUAUUUUAACAUUUCGUGAUAAAAAAAAAAAAAGAACAGUAGUGCUUUGUGUUUGUGAACUUGUAACCUGUGAACCUUUUGGUCGUCAAGAUGGAGCGGAGGAAGCGAGACAAACGUCGGACAUCACGCAGCCUGUUAUUUUUGGUUUUGCUGUCUUGGCUGUUUUCUCCUCAUGUCGGACUUGUGGCACACAUACACACAUCCCCUCGUGGACACGCCUGGUGCUUCUGCAGGUGACUUCCUGCAACUCCUGAGUGAAUGUGUGUGUGUGCGUGCGCGCGUCUGUCACGUGUAUUUCUGUUGAAUUAAUCUCACAAGAAUGUGCUAUCCCUCACUAUCCCUCAUGGUGCAUACAGCACACGUAUGCAUUUAUGUAUUUAUGCAUUAUGAAUUGUGUGAAAUGCAUAUAUACUCGCUGUAUGUCUUUAUAUAGGCUACUCGUGUAGUACUUGACCCUUGGAUUUUGUGAUACCUCUAAAGGUAGAGUUGAAGAAAUAAUGAACAACGUUUUGUGCGCCAGGUAGAAGGGAACACUGUUACCAGUGGUUUAAUUGUUGAACCGGAUUUUUUUUUUUAAUGUUGGAACACACCAUUGUUGUAGCAUCAGGAGACACUGGUACCCCUUCUCUGUCUGGGGUGGUGACAUGAAGUGUACGCCCAGCGGUGUAUAAAGUGUACAGAUGAGUGUCCAUCACACUGAGGCCAAGGGAGAGGAGCGCGCGUGCAUGGUUGGCUAGAAUGAUCUACCGUGCUACCUGGGGUUUAGUGCAUGACAUAGCUGUGCCCCCUCGACCCUGCCAAUGGUGCCGUCCCUCGACAGAAAUUGUAAUACAGAGAGGAACCCUGUAUCUUCAGCACUCAAAACGCACACUCUGUUGGAUUUUCUAAAAAGAAAAAAAGCGAGCUUACAGAUCAGCACUUGAACCAUCCUCCUGCGUUAAGGGGCAUGUUCUUACCAGUGUGUGUACAUUGACGCAGACACAGGGGAAAGCCUCAUUAACGGACGUUCCUUGACUUCACACCUGUUUUAUUCCACGUGGAGUAGAGUAGGCUCACGUCCCGGUGCUUUAAGUGAGCGGUAAGUUAUGACUUUGACAACGUGGUUGAAGCGUCAUCUGGCAAUGAGCUGGAAUUUCCUACAUCAUGUCACAUAUAAAAUGUCCAUCUAUUUUUUUUUUUGGGGGGGGGGGGUGGCAGGGGGAAUCCUGAGCCAUCACCCAAACUGCUAAGCAUUGGAAUUCAACGGCACUGACUGUACUGAAUAUUACUUUAAUCCUCCUGUGAAGACUGACAAGGUGAAUCCAGGGAAUGCUGUAAUCCCUUCUAUUUAAAGAGGGGGUUAUUGAUCCCUGAUAAACUGCAAAGGGGAUCUCAAUCACAGGAUUGUGUUUGUUAACAUUUUGUACAUUCAGUUUCAAAUGUUGUGGCUUUUCGGGGGGUUAUGCCUAGUCAUGGUGGAGCAGGCCUUCCACACGGUCUGUCAGUGCUACUACUUCAUCGAAGAACAGAUUUUUUUUCUCUUCUUGUGCUCAACACACACACCUGCAGCACGACACGUGCAUUUUAAUGUUAAGAAAAGCAAAAAAAUAUAUAGACAAGACAUACCACUAGAUACCUUAAUCACCUUUUGGACAUUUCCUUUUCAUUACUUUUCAUUAUUUCAUCUUGAACCAUUUCCAUCCUUGUUAAGAGGCCCAGUCCAGCUCCCAUCCAUACGCCCUCUGAACUUUGCCCCUUUAUUAAUCUUGCCUCUUCUCGACUUGAUGUUAGUGGGUAUUUUUCCUGUGUAUUCCAUUUUGAAUUGUAAUCUAGUUUGUAUAAGAAAUGGUGCGCAUGUAAAUAAAGCUUGGUGAGGCUACACACCCUU